AUGAAGAGCCUUCACUCUUUGCUUUACUUCCUCCUCCUGCCACUGAGUGCCUGCUUUCCCCUGCUGGACACAAGGGGACCUACAGACGUCGGUGACAUCGGAGCCAGGAUGAGCUGGGUCCACCUGGCCGAGGGACGCAGACCUCACUCAGUGCGAGAUCCUUCCCUGUGGCUGAGAGUACCACAGCCACAGGCCCUGUUUGUGGUGGCCAAGGAACUGCAGGCCUUCCACCGCCUAGGGAGGCAGGAUGGAAGCAGCGAGGCUGCGGGGUUCCUGCCCACAGACUCAGAGAAGGCCAGCGGCCCCCUGGGCACCCUGGCAGAGGAGCUCAGCAGCUAUAGCAGGAGGAAAGGAGGUUUCAGCUUUCGCUUUGGCCGGUGA